AUGGAGGUGAUGAAAUUCAUAUUCAGAAAGGUCGAAGAUUUCUUAAUCACAAAGGUCCGGGAAUUCAUCUACACAAAGGUCCGGGAAUUCAUAUACGCAAAGGUCCGGGAAUUCAUCUACACAAAGGUCCAGGAAUUCAUCUACACAAAGGUCCAGGAAUUCAUCUACACAAAGGUCCGGGAAUUCAUAUACGCAAAGGUCCGGGAAUUCAUCUACACAAAGGUCCGGGAAUUCAUAUACACAAAGGUCCAGGAAUACCCGGAUGAAGAUGAUGAAAAUGAUCCCAGCGAGUGGGUCCGGGAAUUUAUCUACGCAAAGGUCCGGGAAUUCAUCUACACAAAGGUCCGGGAAUUCAUAUACACAAAGGUCCGGGAAUUCAUCUACGCAAAGGUCCGGGAAUUCAUCUACCCAAAGGUCCGGGAAUUCAUCUACGCAAAGGUCCGGAAAAUCAUCUACACAAAGGUCCGGGAAUUCAUCCACACAAAGGUCCGGGAAUUCAUCUACGCAAAGGUCCUGGAAUACCCGGAUGAAGAUGAUGAAAAUGAUCCCAGCGAGUGGGUUUAG